AUGGUUUAUGUGGUUCUUGCCAAACUGGGCGUGGUGGCUGGCGUGGCCUUUGCCACCAAGCAGCUGGGUGUUUGGGAGAGCUCGGAGCAUUCGGCUGUGCUCUUGGAGAAUGCCAGAGAUAAUCUUCGGCCCUACGCGAAGAGCCUGAAGCACAGGAUCUGCUGCUGGAAGAGCCCGGAGCAAUGCGAAGAGGAGUUCGAGCCGAAGCCAUGGCGGGACGCCUUCGUGGACUCCUGGAAUGAUGCCGUUAAGAAAGGCUUCCUCAUGCUGUAUCGUGUGCCUAGCCACGUUCAGCACUUUACGGAGGAUGUGGAGAAGGUCGUGACCAAUUUCGGCCAGGAAAAGGAACCCAAAAUGGAGCAAAAGCUGGAACAAAAUAUGCACCAGAAAGCUACAAGCUCCACAAAAUCGGAUAAGACUGCAGCUAAGGCUAAUUGA